UGGCACCAUCUGUCAACAGUUUGCCGGUUAAAUCACUUUGAAUAUUGGCGCUAAACGUCACAUUACUGCUGCUGUUUGGUCGAUGGAAUCUGGUCUCGUUGUUUAGUUUUCGUUAUUUUUUCGCACAAUGGCGACUCCCGGCAAGUUUUCCAGGGGUAAGAAAACCUCAGUUGCGAUCCCCCCCGAUCACAGCAUCAAAUUAUGCCCGCACCGACUGAAUCACAAGCCCAUCCACCAGAAAAUCCGCAACGUGCGCAACGGCAAAGAGCUGGUGGAGAUCCACGAGCAGAAGAUGAACAGAGUGUUGGUGGUGCCGUCCAGGAAGCCGGCCACCGACAUCACCGGAAUAUGGCCCAGUUCGGAGUUCACUCGUCUUAAAAAGCAGGCCCACGUCAUCACUGCGGAGGAUCGGAUCGCCAUGCACGAAGAGGCGUUACGAACCAAGGCCGCCAUGGAGGCGGAGAGCGCCGCCAGAAAGGAGAAGCUGGCCUCCUCCUUUGUCAAGUUAGAUUCUCUAGCCAGAGGAAGCAAGUUGGACGAGGCGGAGGCGGAGGCGAAAGCCAAAAACGAAGGUCUCGUUCGAAGAUCUUACGAACUGAUGAUUGAAGAAGACGAACGCGUUAGAGACGCCAACAGGCUCAUAUUGGCCAGAAAGUGUCACUUCAUCAGGAACGCCCAAAUUGCCGAAAAAGAGCUUAUCAAAAAAGAGUUGCAAGAGGAGGACAGACGUCUCGACAUGAUGAUGGAACAGUACCGUCAAAUACAGCAAGAAGCGGAAGUUCAAAAAUCCAAAGAGGAAGAGCUACGUAAACAAAAGGUUCUAGAAGAAGUGCGUCUCCAGUUGAAGGAGAUCGAGGUGAACAAGCUGGUGGAAGCAGAAAAGAGGGAGGAAGAAUGCAAAAUCAUGAACAAAUUAAUUGCGUCGUUACACAAACAAGAGGAAGAGGAGGAACAAAAUAGAAGGGAAAAACAAAUUAAGAUGCGCGACGCCUACACCAAAUCGUUCAACGAGAACUUACACCACAAGAGGGUGCAAGAAGAGGAGUUGAGAAUCUCAGACAUGAGAAUUGCCGAGUUCUUGAGGAAGAAAAAUGAAAGGGAAGAAGCUUUAGAACGAGAAAAGCAGGAGCAGCGUCUGGCCAGGGAAAAGGAACAAGCCAGGAUGGGAGCGGAGCAGAAGAAAGAAGCUGAUAAACAAGCAAAUCUGGACGCAUUGAACGCCCUAAAGACCAUCGAGGAUAAAGAAAGGGAGUGGCGUGAAAAGGAGCUGGCAGAUGCGUUAAGGCACAGACAACAAAUCAUCGACUUGAGGAAAGCCAGAGAAAAGCAAAUCGACGACAUUAGAAAAUUACAAGCCAUGUCCAUAGCCAAAGAAGAAGAACAUUUCAAAAAGAAUCGUGAGCUACAGAAAAAGCAGUUGGAAAAGGAGCAAAACGACAUGGUGAAGAGAAAGGAGGAGACCCAGAGGUUCCAUCACGAGUUACUAAUGCAAAUAAAUGAGAAGGAGAAGGCGAAGAUAAAGGCGUUCGAGGAUAAAUUUGAGGAGGGCAAAGCCAUGCGACUGGAGAACGAAGGCCGUGAUAGACAAAUAGAAGAAUAUAUUCGUUACAAAGUUCAGAAAUUAAAGGAGUGCAAUUUACCGGCUGCUUAUAUUCAAGACAUACAAAAUCAACUACGAUUAAAUUAACUUGAAUUAUUUUUACGACAUUUAUAUAAUACAUUUCUACAAUCAUU